CAGCACAUAGUAGGCACGAAGGAAUGACAGUUAUUAUUAAGAUGCCUGCGAGAGCUGUGCCCAGCCUAUCAUGGGAGGCCUUGACCUUUGGACUCAAAAGUGGCAGCAGGUCCACACUACCAUACACCCUUGUUACCAAGGAAGUGUCCACAGUUUGAAGGAGCUAUAUUAAAGCACCCCAAGUCAAGAGGACUAAACCAGAUCUGGAACUCACUGACCUCCCCCCUCACCUCACUGCACCUCACUAGCCAGCUUCUUGUCAAGUGAUUAGGCUGUCAACCAGCUUCUCUAGGAUAAGGUUUCAGGUCAGCCGCGUGUAUAAGACCAAUGCCAAGCCAGAAGCAGCAGAGACAACCGUGAAUGGCAAGGAGGGGCCAUCCGAUCCCUGCUGCCACCUCCCGGAAUGGAGCCCUAGGGAGCCCCUGUGCUGCCCUUGCCCUGGCAGGACUCACAGCCUCUCCGCUGCACUGAAGCCCAGAACCGUGAAGCAGCCUCUCUCCUUGGACCUCCUCUGGCCCUAAAGGGACUGGGUGGAGCCUUCCAAGACCAUGGUUGGACUGAAGCCUUCAGACGUGCCUCCCACCAUGGCUGUGAAGUUCCUGGGGGCAGGCACAGCAGCCUGUUUUGCUGACCUCCUCACCUUUCCACUGGACACAGCUAAGGUCCGCCUGCAGAUCCAGGGGGAGAACCAGGCAGCCCAGGCAGCCCGGCUUGUGCAGUACCGUGGCGUGCUGGGCACCAUCCUGACCAUGGUACGGACCGAGGGCCCCUGCAGCCCCUACAAUGGGUUGGUUGCCGGCCUGCAGCGCCAGAUGAGCUUUGCCUCCAUCCGCAUCGGCCUCUACGACUCCGUCAAGCAGUUCUACACUCCCAAAGGCUCAGACAACUCCAGCGUCACUACCCGGAUUUUGGCGGGCUGCACGACAGGAGCCAUGGCGGUGACCUGUGCCCAGCCCACAGACGUGGUGAAGGUCCGAUUUCAGGCCAGCAUACACCUUGGGCCUGGGAGUGACAGAAAAUACAGCGGGACUAUGGACGCCUACAGAACCAUCGCCAGGGAGGAAGGAGUCAGGGGCCUGUGGAAAGGAACUUGGCCCAAUAUCAUGAGGAAUGCCAUUGUCAACUGUGCUGAGAUGGUGACCUACGACGUCCUCAAGGAGAAGCUACUGGAGUCUCACCUGCUCACCGACAAUUUCCCCUGCCACUUUGUCUCUGCCUUUGGAGCCGGCUUCUGUGCCACAGUGGUGGCCUCCCCAGUGGACGUGGUAAAGACCCGGUAUAUGAACUCACCUCCAGGCCAGUACCUCAGCCCCGUCGACUGUAUGAUAAAGACGGUGGCCCAGGAGGGCCCCACAGCCUUCUACAAAGGAUUUACACCCGCCUUUUUGCGUUUGGGAUCCUGGAACGUGGUGAUGUUCGUAACUUAUGAGCAGCUGCAACGGGCCCUGAUGUUAUGGGAAUCUCCGUUUUGAACAAGACAAGAAGGCCACUGGUAGCUGACAUAUCCAAAACCAUUUGAGAAUGGAAGAAAACAGUGGAUCCACACCCACAUGGACACAGACCCACACAUGUUUACAGAACUGUUGUUUACUUGUUGCUGAUUCAAGAAACAGAAGUAGAAGAGGAGAAAGGAUUCUGGUCUUCAGUGCUUUGCCUUGAGAAGACCUUUGUUUUGCACUGACAAGAUGGAAAAUAAAUUAUAUUAAUUUUUGAAACCCAUUAGGCAUGCCUAAUAUUUAGGCAACAGAAAAUAAAGCAAAAUAGAUCCAUUUGGAUAAAAUGGAAGGUUGGAGACAUGUAUUCCCCAAGAAAUCUGGUUAGACAAUGAACGAUAAGCAGGAAAGAUGGCAAGCACGGGACAGGAGGGGCCCACGAUACGGCGGGAGAUCAGCCGAGGGGCCUGGAGGGACGCCACCCAGCACCACAGAGCUGGUGACUGCAGCCGUCACACAUGCAUCAUCAGCCUGUUUGUCAUGUGUCUGCCUCAUCGAGUCCUUUGGAUUCUAAGAAGUGCAAGGAACAAGAUAAAAAACUAAAGCCUGUGCCAAAGAAGCCCUGCUGGGCCAGUUCGAUGCUGGGGUUUGUAAGUAUUUGCUGACAAUGCGGAAAAAUCAAAAGGGCAGCCUCCCCUUUCCUAUAAAAUGGAGGGAGCAAUCCCUUCCUUGUCCACCUCACCGGGGGUGUUACGACAUGCAAGUGAGAAGCUGGGUAUGAACGCACUUUAUAAAAGCAAAAGCUCUGUGUCAAUCUAACUACAAGGACAAUGCCUUGGGAGAGAUUUUGUCUGGACAGAGAGGAGAUGCCAGGGAAGAAGGUUUUGAAAGAUACAGUUGUCUAGAGGUGAGACCAAAGGAUCCAGAGACUUGAGGACCAGAGGUGACAGUGGAUGACACGAAGCCACAGGAGCCCUGCCCCCAUGCAGCUCCUUCCCCCCGACCAGUGCUCAAUUGUGAGCACCUCAAAGGGUUGUAGGGCUUAGGGGAAAAGAAGCGGAUUCCUGGCUAAGAACCUAAAGUAGGAGGACUCGGAAUUUUGGGGAAAUUAUUAUGACUCAAUAAAGAAAUUCACACCUUAGGUGUGGGAGUAAGAACA